AUGAUACCGGAUGAGGACGGAGGAGAAUCACCUUGUAAAGUAGAUGUUGAGUACGAAUGGAUACCCCCGAAGUGCAAAAGUUGUACGACAUUGGGAUACUCGGCCAAAGAGUGUGUUCUCAACAAACCAAAACCAGCUAAUCCACCGAUCGCUGUAUAUGUACCCAAAGUGGGGACGCUGCAAGAACCAACAAUGCCUGAACGGAGUAGGAACCAGCCCUGGAAGGAUGGUGAUACUACUUAUGUACCAUCCCGACCAACACAUAUGCCUGAUCGAAACAUGAACAGACCACCAUCAGCUCCAGUGGUAGAAAAGCAGAGAGAGGGACGUGAGUCCCCUAGAGAUGCAGCCGGCCCAAGUCGUGAGGAAAGGGGUAAGGCGCUUGUUAUAUAUAAUACUUUUGAUGCACUUCACCUAUUAGAUGAUACAGAUGAGCAAUUCCUCGGUCUCCUUGAAACUCGUGUUCGUAUCAAUAACGUAUCUCAUAUUCAGGCUUUCUUACUACCUCAAUGGCAAUGGUUUGUGGAUUAUGGAUCGUCUGGUAAUCGAAUUUGGAUAGCAUGGGAUGAAAAUUUUAUUGAUGUUGAUGUGGUUGAAUGUGGCACACAGUUUAUUCACUGUCAUGUUAAUAUCCGUGCAAUUCAUGAAUCCAUUGCUAUUACUAUUAUUUAUGGGGCAAAUGAGUUGGUAGAGAGGAGGGCCUUAUGGGGUUCCAUGGAGACUAUUGCUAUGCAGUGUACUAAUAUCCCGUGGCUUGUUGGAGGGGAUUUCAAUACAGUGCGCGACCUUAGUGAAAUCUGUGGUGUAUCAGGAGAUAUUCGAAUGGCCAUGGAAGAUUUUAAUACUUGCAUCCAGAAUACAGGAUUAUUACCAUUACCCAUGCAGGGCGAAUGGUACACAUGGCACAAUUGCAGUGCCGGGCCACGAAACCUUUGGAAAAGACUGGAUCGCAUGCUGAUCAAUGAUAGAUGGAUGGAUCGGUUCCCGACAUCAUAUUAUUCUUGUCUCACACCACGCACUUCAGACCACUCGCCAAUGGUGUUAUGCGGGAAUAGACAACAACAACUAGGAGGUAUGUUUCGAUUUGAUAAUUACCUCGCCUUAUCACCAGAGUUUAUGCCCAGUGUGCAGUAG